AAUAAAAACCGUCGGGUCAGGUUUUACGCCUGCCGGGGGCCGAUGACGGAAGCAGAGUGGCAGGUUUAUAGGAAGCAGCAGUGGGAUGGGAAUUCAGAUUCCACCUCGGAAUAUUGUCUCUGCUCCCAGCCACAAGAGGUACAACCAUGAAACUGGGGGUCUCUAUUGCAGUGGUCCUGAUGGCUCUGUCUGUGGCUGUGGCAGAUUCCACUGAAAAUGGAGGGAAAGAGCCCACCAUGGCCCAGAAGUUUGAGAAGUUCCAGCAGGACAUCCAGACUUUUGUUGACAACCUUGGCGAGAAGACCAGAGCUGCCUUUCGUGACCUCCACAACACUGAAUUCAGCAACAAAACCAGGGACUGGCUUUCUAAGACCUUCCAGAAGUUGAAGGACGAAUUCGAGGCCAUAACCUCCAGUGAGGGGUCUGACUGAAUGCCCCAAUUCCUUGCGUCCAUCAGUGAUGGGAGGGAGGAUGCUCAUAUAAUCCCAACAUAGCAGUGGAAAAACAUCCAAAGAGGUGUUGACCAGAUGCCCCAACCUUUCAUUUUCUACCUUCUUUGUCUGCAGCCGUCUAUUUUUACUUGCAAUCCAUUGUUAGACAUCAAUAAAGAGAAAAAUCUUAGUAAGA